UUGCGUGCUUUUUGGCCUGAAGAAAGUUUUUUUUUUGAGGACGAUAUCAAGGCAGUUAUACCGCCACGAAACUGGGAAGCAAGUGCCGUAUCGCUUACCAUCGGGAUCGGCAACGAUUUAUCAGUGGAGCACCGUCUCAAGCGAACAUUUCCCAAUACUCGAUUCUAUGGCGUUGGUAUCAGCGAAACUGGUGGGACAAUAAAUGCUUCGGUGAUGGACAGCGAAGGGCAAUAUGUAUGGCAGACAAUACCAACAAUAACUAUGGCUAAUUUGCUCGCAGAGUUCGGUUUAUCAGAAGUCGACUAUCUGUUUGUGGAUAUCGAAGGAACUGAAUAUUUUCUUUUGCCCAAACUUUUUCUACAUGCUAAUCAAAUCGGUGGAAUCAUUUGUCAGGUACUGCUGCUCUUGGCUGCUAGAACUUUGGAAAACCGCAAAAAAUCAGAGCUGGGGCAAAAAAAAUGGGAGGAUUUGAAAUGGUAG